GGAAGGGCAACAAAUCAUAGACCUGUGAACAUUUAAAAUUCUUUGGGAGUUCAGUAUUUGUAUCAAUUAAAUUUAAAAGAAAAUAUAAAAGACAAAGAAUAAAAUGUCCGAAGAGGACGUGAUAAAAAUCGAUCAGCCCCAAGAGCUGAGCUUUGAAAAAUGUCCUGAAAGUCAAGAAGAGCAAGAAAAGCGGCAGUGUAUUGAACAAUUAAUGAAAAAUGGCAAAGGAAAAAUUGAAUUGAAGAAAUUAAGAGAAUUAGCAAGAUCAGAUCACGGUCUUGUAACAGACGAGCUGCGAAGAAAAUUGUGGCCUCAAUUGGCGGGUGUUGAUGUUACGUCUUUAGAACCAGCUCCUAAAUUGAGUGAUCUACAGACACACCCUGAAUACAAUCAGGUCGUUUUAGAUGUAAAUAGGUCAUUGAAACGUUUCCCACCUGGUAUUCCAUACGAACAACGUAUUGCUCUUCAAGAUCAACUAACCGUCUUAAUAUUACGAGUAAUUAACAAAUAUCCAAAUUUACGGUACUAUCAGGGUUACCAUGAUGUGGCGGUAACAUUUCUUCUGGUAGUUGGCGAGGAGGUAGCAUUUGCUGUAAUGGAAGAACUUUCAACAAAUCAUUUCUCCGAAUGUAUGCAAGAGACUAUGGAUGCUACCCAAAAGAGAUUGAUGUUCAUAUGGCCUGUUGUUAAUUUUGAAAAUCCAAAACUCUUUCAAUUUUUGCAACGUUCAUCAGUCGGUACGUUAUUUGCUUUGCCAUGGUACUUAACAUGGUUCGGGCAUAGUUUGAACUCAUAUAAAGCAGUCGUACGUUUAUAUGACUACUUUCUGGCCUCUCCUAUUUAUUCGCCCAUAUUUGUAACGGUCUCGAUUAUAUUGCACCGUGCGGAAGAUAUACUGCUUGAGGAAUGUGAUAUGGCUAUGAUACAUUGUCUACUCUCUAAAUUACCAGACGAUUUGCCAUUUGAGAAUCUCUUGAAAACGUCGAGUCAACUGUAUGAAAAAUACUCUUUGACCGUUAUUGAGAAAGAAGUGGAGAAAUUAAUUCAACAGGAAAAUCAACAGAGAAUAAUUGAUGAAAAAAAUGCUGUGGCAAGGCGCAAGAAAAUUGCAAGAAAUUCAAGAGCCAACGGCAAUUAUUUGCUGAAUCAUUUAUUGCCACAAUUGCUGACACCAAAAUCGUUCAUUGUCACCACGGCAUUUUCGUUACUUGUUGGCAUUUGUGCAUACUAUUACAAAAGUCAAUAUAUGUCUACCGGUAUUAGUUGAGUAAGUCUGAACUUGCUGCCGUCUAUGUCUAGAGCUCUACGGCAUGCAACGCCGCCGCAUUCGGGUUGGAUGAUAGGAUUUUCAAUAUUUUAAUUUUAUCAUAUUCUUAAGAGAUUGUGGGUUGUUUAAGUUUCCAUCUAUUCAUUUCAUAUAUCUCAUCUUCAUUUCUUGUUUUUUUAUUAGCAUUUAAAUUUAAGUUAUAUUGUGAAAUAUUAAGAAAAUGUUAAUUGUUUUUUUAGUUUAUUUAUACUACUUUUUCUGUAAGAAAUAAACUGUGUGGUAUACUUACAUAUACUGUUUUA